CGGUGACCCGAACGACCCGGCCGUGCUGGCGCUCGUGAAGGAGCAGAUCGAGGCUUGGUCUGAGCUGAUGAGCCGGCACCGUCACGAAGAGUGGGAGCUGCUGAAGGAACACUACAAGUGCCAGGAGGACAUCCUCAAGAAACUGAUGGAAGUCGCCCAGGCGGCCCAGAUCAAACAGAUCGAGGCCAAGUUCGAGCGAGAGAACAAGGAGAUGAAGGCCCGCCAGGCCAAGGUGUCGGUGGACACGGCCAAGGACGUGGCGCAGGACAAGACGCUCCGCAACAAGGCCGAGAAGGAUCGCCGACUGCGCGAGAAGAACCAGAACAACACCAAGAAGUUCAUCGAGGAGCGCAAAAUGGCGGCCGUGCGCCAGAACAAGGAGUCGGAGAAACUGAAGAAGCAGCACGAGCAGCAGAUGCAAGACCUCUCCAGGGACAUCAAACUGAGCGUGGAGAUGUACGAGCAAGCGGCCGUGGAAUACGAACUGCGCUCCAAGUGUGAAUUCUACGCCUGAAGCGCUCGCGGUCCGUGUCCAGAGACUGACUGUAGCUGGUCGGUCGCCUGGCCGGGUGGAUGCGGCAGAACCGACAGGCUGCCAUCAUUGCAGUCCGUCCUUACAAACUUGCUUCUAUGGACAGGACCCGUGAAGCCAAGACCACAUUUGAAGUACGACUCUGGCGAACCUAACUGCGCGACUUCGUUGGAGACGUCGGACCUUUAGCGUGACCCCAGGUGUUGUGUGGAGCCUUGAAGCCCUCAGGCUCUGCAUCUCUGGAUGCCUGGAUCAAUGCUCAGGGAAAGGAUGGGCGCUCUGUUCUGAGUGUUGCCAUUUUUGAAAGCAUGGUGGGAAAUACAGUAACGGCUAAUGGCUAAAAUGACUAAAACAUAAGUUGUUUGUCAAUGAUGAUGCUAUCAAACGGGCCCUCAAGGUACCAUGUUCUAGUCAGCAUUAUCUAUUUGGGCCAUAGUGAUGUACUCGGCAAUCUAGUAGCUGUCAUUGUGGGGAGAAAGCAAGCACAUUCCUGGAGAGAUUCACUGGCGUCUUGCACCUCCAUUUCUGAGUAAUUGACAACGCACCCUCACAGGAUUAUCUCGGGUCCCAAAGGCCGGCUAUACGAUUGUCGGCACCAUCGUGGCAACGGUGGCCGACCCAUGCGCCGACCCAUGUACCUUGCCAUGUGUAUUUGCACGGUUUUUUAUUGUUAGCUAUGAACACAUCGACAUAUUUAUUAUUUAACAUGCUUAUUCUAUGUUGAUUACCUGUAUUUAACGUGCCAGCUUCAUUUGACGACCUGUGUCGCGUGGGAGAAUAACCGGAAUAAUGGCCAAUGAACAUGACACGCCUUAGCUUGCGCUGACCAGAAAAGACACCUGACUUUUUGUGUUUCUCCUUCACCUCUUGAACCGGUGACCUCUCACAUAUAUUUUGAGGCAUUGUGAGCAAAUAUUUUAUGACCUCGUGAGCAAGGAUUUUGUGACCUUGUGGACAAGUAUUUUGCGACCUCAUGAGCAAGGACUUUGCGACUUUGUGGGCGAGGAUUUUGUGACUUAAUGGUCACAAGGAUGAUCGGGGUGUGCAAUAUGAUGUCUCAGAAAUUAUCCUGCAUAGUUUAAUUUCGCCAAAAAGCUGCAAUGCCAUGGCUGAGCCCUUCCCAAAGAUAUUUAGGGUAAGCGAUGUUUUCCCCCAGUCAAAGGAUAAAACUGGGAGUUAAUGCCACCCUAAUGCCACAUAAUUGAGUUAGAAACGCUGUUUGUUUGUUUGAGCGCGAGAAAUGUUUCAGUGCACCCAGUAACUUGGUUUAAAAAAAGUUUUGGUACGAGAGCGCUUGUUCAACUUGACAGUCUACAUUGCGGUGGCAUUAAAGGCGUCAAGCUGAAGUUGUUGCUUUUUGAGCCGCCCAUUUAUGCUAGGUCUUCUGUUUCUUAGGUUCUCGUCGGCGUCCAGGCUCUGGCGUUGACCCCAGCGCCAUCAGUUCGAACCUAUCGUAUCGGAGCCGUGUUCUCCUCCACCCAAGACGAAUUGUUGCGAGAAGCAUGCAUGCAAUGACUGACUGGCCGGCAGCCGACCCUUGUUUCCACUUUAAUAUCCGCUCAAUAUGAGAGGGGAUUCAAGUUAAAUAGCAAGCUAGAGGGCCUUUAACUUUUCGGGCUCAGUGCGCCAUGACUGAGGGCUGUUACAGGCACAUCUGAGAACACGCAAGUUUCUCCCGUUGUGUGCUGAAACCUAGCGUAUGGCGUGUUGUGUGUGGUAUUUCAUUAUUAGGAAAAGGAAUAAUCGAACCCCAAUGUAUCUAGAGACUUUUUUAUUUUCGGGGCGCAUAUCCUCUCGUGUUUCUAGAAAAUGUAAGCGCAACUCCUGGCCUUUCUGUAGAUUUUGGUUGGGUUUUGACUUAGUCAUGGUUGCAUUUGCAUUUUUUAGCGGUCCUGUCGCGUAAGCAGCAAAUUGUGAUUUAAGGAAUUGCACACCAUUUUUAUCAAAGUUCAAUAAGAAUGAUACCCAUUUUGACUUUUCAAUAAAUAGCUGCGUGUGCAGCCUCUUCUAAAGCUGUCAGUUCGAUUGCCUAGGCACCUACCACAAGACACCAACGCAGAAAUACAAUGUCCUUUAUAGCUGUGCGGCUCCAACACCAAUGGUAACAAGUCAACGUGUAACAGCCCGAAAUGUUUAACGUGUCUCUGGUUACGGCACAUCCUUGUUACCCUGACUAAACUACAGCUUUAAAGGGGGAACAGAGUAUCAGACACCUCCCUGAACAUAACAAUCGAAAUAUCAAGGAGGAAGCUAUAGUGUAACGUGCCAUCGAUCAGCCUCUUGCAGAAUGUCCGGAUGCUGCUCACAUUUAAUCCUGAAAUAUAUGCUUUGAAACGAACCGUUCGCCACUCUGCUGCACAGAAAUGGAGGUGCUAAUUUAUCAUAUCAUUUGUCAGCUUGUGAUGGAUUGCUCGCGCAGCAAAACGACAUCAAAUCGUCCUGCGGCGGGAAGCUACGAAGCUCGAGCUGCGCAUCACAGCAGCUAGACAGGCUUAGUUCGCUUGUUCUUGCCGCCAAUGCCACAUUACUUUCUAGUGUUUUGAGUGAACAACAUGGCAUCGCAUCCCCUAUUUAAAGACUGCAUCGUGUUUUGAAGCUCGGUGAAUUAAUGUUCGUCCGAGAUAACAAGUCAUUGAGUCUCUGUUGAAUAGAGCGGUAAAGCCGCUCCAGUCUGCACUUUGUAGACGUUGUUCACAUUUGUAUUUACUUGAUUUACUGACCAAUGUUAAACACGUGAGCCUACGUUAUUCUAGGACGAUGUGUGUGUGUGCGUGUGUGUGGGAGGGGGGGGGGGUGUAUGUGUGUGUAUGUGUGCUUGCACUCACGUGCGUUAUUUGAUAACUUCACCACUUCACGUGGGCACAGGAAGAUGGGCAGCUGUUGCAUUGCGCUGCACGCCGUCACUGAAGUAACGUGAUGCGCCAACUGAGAAACUCGACGGCUAAGGCUGGUUUCAACCGAUCUUACACGAAGCAAACAGGUAUAACCACGUAGAGUUGAAAUGUUCCGGAAGUUUUGAUGCGAAUAUUCUCGUGCCGAACGCAGUUCCAGGAUAAUCCAGAUUGGCCCACAUAAAACCUAACAUACCUUUUUUCUCAAGUUUUGCGUGCAUUUGGCGCACAACCAGGAAUUUAGUCGUGCAACAGCAAACAAAAACAUGACUGAGCAUUUCUCCUUGUUUUCAGAGAAGCAUCUUUUGUCGAAUGACGAACUGACGGAUGUUAGAUCACAUAUUUAUUCGUCUGCGUUUGAUCAUGUCUUGCCAUGAGCUGAGCACUCGAAUGACACCAGUCUUCAUUGCGCGAGAAAAACGCUUUGCACUCCUGACCAAACUUUGGAUUAACUUUUACCUCGGUCACCUCGCAGAAUUCUCCUACGCCAUUGAAACGUUCAAGGUUUAUGAAUAAUUGAAUGCUGGGACCAUACACUCCUUUAGAGGAUUCUUUGAGUUGUUGUUUUGUAUAUACACCCAAAAACACGCCAGACACCAAAACUAUCACACGCGCUCAUAAAGGAGGGCAUUCAGCGCGGCCUCAUCCUGGCAUGCACUGUAGUAAUCAUUAACGCCUCUCACUGAAAACCUAGCCCAGUCUUUGAGCGUAGUUCAAGUCGACGUCGCAAAGAUAUCGGUAAUCGGCUGUAUUAACAGCUUACUGUAUUAUCACCGUUUAAUCACUGUGAUUCUCAUGUGGUUUCCCAAGCAAUACCCUAACGUCAUUUAACAACAAAGCUUUGUUAAACAUUGAAGUGGCUGAGAAUGUAUAGCUAACUUGAGCGUGAUGGCGUUUUUCCUUGUCACAUCCGUGUCUCCGACCUGCUAAUUGUCUCAGCAAUCGGGCCUUUUGACAGACAACUGUGCCAAAUCCAGUACUUCCUCGUUUCGAGCUUAGGAAUCUUCCCUGUCACUGUUUCUCCUUCAUAGCGCGCUGUACGGCCUGUUACAUAUUUAAAUGCAAAAUAAAUGCGCUUUAUGUAUGACCAGAUCGUUGUCGUUAUCUGUAUGCUGCCGAUGAAAUUGUAAUGGAAUACAUGAUAAACGGAAACUUUGUGUUCUGCAUUUCGGUGUACAUGCCUUAACACUGAUGUAGCAUCGUUCAUUUGAUGCAGUGUUAUGCACUCUGUACUCUGAGCUUCUGAGAAAAAAGACGGAUUUAUUCCGGGACUAGCGGUCCUCCUAGCAAAGGGCAUCAAAACCCACGUGACCUUUCUGAAAUACAUAUCAAUGCUAUUUGAUUUCGUGUCUAAACCACUGAUGAGAGAGUUUGUUACCGCACCCGGUGCAUGAAAAAGUCAGGGUGGUAAAAUGGUUGCUCGAAGCAAAAUCAGUCGCCAUGACUCAAACUUAAAACGGUACUUAGGACACAAACCAAGUUUAAAUGUCAAUGUACAACGCGAAAAGCACCAUGAAGACACGCAUUUCAGCGUCAUGUGAAGAAGUUUAUCACAAAUGGAGGUCUUGAAACAUAACUGGUAAAAGCUGUCGACGGAAACGAGCCAAAGCCAUCUCGGCCGAUAUUACAAACGAAAGAAAAGGGUUCCUGCAAAGCCUCCACAAAUACUUCUGUCAACUCGGGCAGGAGCAAGCCGCGGUGAGGCCACUGUGUUGAGGCAGACAAAGCUCAGUCUGCUCAGUUACAAAGUGAAAUCGCAUCAAAAGCAUCAUCACCAAUCGGUUGCAACGGACGCCUUCGCCGCAAUGCCUGAUUCCUACGUCCGUGCGAAUCCAGCCUAUCGUUCAUUGAUCAGAUUUGGUUUGGUAGCAAAGCGCAGUUUCUUUUGCUCAGAAGCUUAGGAACCAAAGCAAUCGUUUUUGGUCUACCGAAGCUGCCUAUGAAGUUCGCGAAGCAUCACUGCACACUGAAAAAUGCGCCGUCU